UGAUUUGACGGAUUACAGCCAGGUGGCUAGUGGCGACAUCGACCUUGGUGGCUAGCUAAGAAUGGCGGGGAAUGCGUUGAGGUCAGCGAUUGUUAAUCUACUAAGAAAGUGGCGUUUAUCGAUCAAUGGCCAGGAUAAAUUCAAGGCAAAGGAAGUGCUGCGGGUGGCAGCCGCCUUAAAGAAGGACACCAGAAUGUUCUCCAGUGGGAUGCAAACUGUUACUUUGAUACCGGGUGACGGAAUUGGACCAGAGAUCUCCACCGCUGUCAUGAAGAUAUUUGAAGCAGCAAAGGUCCCUAUUCAGUGGGAGGAAAGAAACAUUACAGCCAUCAAAGGUCCUGGAGGGAAGUGGGUGAUUCCUUCAGAUGCCAAAGAAUCAAUGGACAGAAACAAAAUGGGCCUAAAAGGUCCUUUGAAGACGCCAAUCGCUGCAGGUCAUCCCUCCAUGAACCUCCUGCUGAGGAAAACCUUUGACCUCUACGCCAACGUGCGCCCUUGUGUUUCUAUGGAAGGCUACGAGACGCCCUACGCGGAUGUGAACUUGGUCACCAUCAGGGAGAACACAGAGGGGGAAUACAGUGGGAUUGAACAUGUGAUUGUUGAUGGCGUGGUGCAGAGUAUUAAGCUCAUUACGGAGCGAGCUAGCAAACGCAUUGCCGAGUAUGCGUUCGAAUACGCCAGAAACAACAAGAGGGCCAGUGUCACGGCUGUCCAUAAGGCCAACAUUAUGCGCAUGUCAGAUGGGCUUUUCCUUCGAACGUGCAGAGAGGCUGCCGAAAAGUACAAAGAUAUUAAAUUCACUGAGAUGUACUUGGAUACCGUGUGCCUCAAUAUGGUGCAGGACCCUUCACAGUUUGAUGUUCUGGUGAUGCCAAAUUUGUAUGGAGACAUCCUGAGUGAUCUUUGUGCUGGGCUUAUUGGAGGACUCGGAGUGACCCCCAGUGGAAACAUUGGCGCCAACGGUGUUGCCAUUUUUGAGUCUGUUCACGGAACUGCCCCAGAUAUAGCAGGAAAGGACUUGGCCAACCCCACCGCCUUGCUGCUCAGCGCGGUCAUGAUGCUGCGCCACAUGGGCCUGCACGACCACGCCAGGAGGAUCCAAACUGCCUGCUUUAACACCAUUCGAGACAAAAAGGCUUUGACCGGAGACCUCGGAGGAUCUUCAAAAUGCUCAGAAUUCACGGAAGCCAUAUGUCAACAAUUGGGGUAUAUCGAGUAGAAGGGUCUGAUCGUUUAGUUUUUUUGAACACAUGCACAUGAACCAAAACAUAUAUUGAAAUGGUCUUAGGAUUUGUGUUUCUGAAUGUCUGCUUUUUUUAUUUGCACUUUAUAUUUUCUAUAAACCCCGUUACUUUUUAUGCGUUAUUCUUUUUAUUCUGCUUUUAAGGAAAACUGAAUGUGGACCAUUUUAUAGUGAUAUCGGUCUUACUGUCUAUUCCUGUAUUGAUAACUAUAGUUUAUAUUUUAUUAUGUACUAUACAGCUGCUUCGAAUCUACAAACCCCAUUUCUAUAUGAGUUGGGAAAUUGUGUAAGAUGUAAAUAUAAACGGAAUACAAUGAUUUGGUAAAUCCUUUUCAACCCAUAUUCAGUUGAAUAUGCUACAAAGACAACCUAUUUGAUGUUCAAACUGAUAAACAUUUUUUUUUUUCAAAUAAUCAUUAACUUUAGAAUUUUAUGCCAGCAACACGAGACAAAGAAGUUGGGAAAGGUGGCAAUAAAUACUGAUAAAGUUGAGGAAUGCUCAUCAAACACUUAUUUGGAACAUCCCCCAGAUGUGCAGGCUACUUGGGAAAAGGUGGGUGCCAUGAUUGGGUAUAAAAACAGCUUCCCAAAAAAUGCUCAGUCUUUCACAAGAAAGGAUGGGGCGAGGUACACCCCUUUGUCCACAACUCCGUGAGAAAAUAGUCGAACAGUUUAAGAACAACGUUUCUCAAAGUGCAAUUGCAAGAAAUUUAGGGAUUUCAACAUCUGCGGUCCAUAAUAUCAUCAAAAGGUUCAGAGAAUCUGGAGAAAUCACUCCACGUAAGCGGCAUGGCCGAAAACCAACACUGAAUGACCGUGACCUUCGAUCACUCAGACGGCACUGUAUCCAAAACUGACAUCAAUCUCUAAAGGAUAUCACCACAUGGGCUCAGCAACACUUCAAAAAACCACUGUCACUAAAUACAGUUUGUCGCUACAUCUGUAAGUGCAACUUAAAGCUCUACUAUGCAAAGCCAAAGUCAUUUAUCAACAACAUCCAGAAACGCCGCCGGCUUCUCCAGGCUCGAGAUCAUCUAAGAUGGACUGAUGCAAAGUGGAAAAGUGUUCUGUGAUCUGAUGAGUCCACAUUUCAAAUUGUUUUUGGAAAUAUUCGACAUCGUGUCAUCCGGACCAAAGGGGAAGCGAAUCAUCUAGACUGUUAUCGACGCAAAGUUCAAAAGCCAGCAUGUGUGGGUAUAUGGGGGUGCAUUAGUGCCCAAGGCAUGGGUAACUUACACAUCUGUGAAGGCACCAUUAAUGCUGAAAGGUAUAUACAGGUUUUAGAACAACAUAUGCUGCCAUCUAAGCACCGUCUUUUUCAUGGACGCCCCUGCUUAUUUCAGCAAGACAAUGCCAAGCCAUAUUCAGCACGUGUUACAACAGCGUGGCUUCGUAAAAAAAGAGUGCGGGUACUUUCCUGGCCCACCUUAAGUCCAGACUUGUCUCCCAUCGAAAAUGUGUGGCGCAUUAUGAAGCGUAAAACACAACAGCGGAAACCCCGGACUGUUGAACAACUGAAGCUCUACAUAAAACAAGAAUGGGAAAGAAUUUCAUUUUCAAUUAGUUUCCUCAGUUCCCAAACGUUUAUUGAGUGUUGUUAAAAGAAAAGGUGAGGUAACAAAGUGAUGAACAUCCCCUUUCCCAACUACUUUGGCACAUGUUGCUGGCAAGUUAAUGAUUAUUUGCAAAAAAAAAAUGUCUAUCAGUGUGAACAUCAAAUAUUUUGUCUUUGUAGCAUAUUCAACAAUAUGGGUUGAAAAUGAUUUGCAAAUCAUUGUAUUCUGUUUAUAUUUACAUCCAACACAAUUUCCCAUGGAAACGGGUUUUAUACAUUAUUACAACAUGAAUACUACAUGACAUCAGAAAUGUCUUCAAAUUGUAUUGUGUUGUUUAUCUGUCAACUGUUACAGGGUUGUGGGGAUUGAUCACUCUUUAAAGUUGUAUAUUUGUUGUUCCUUUUUGACUUUUGGUCUUACACAGUCCGUGCACAAGAAUAAAGAGGUUUGUUGAGGUGGAAA